CCCCUUAAGUGCUUUGGACGAGCAGAGCUCGUCCUGCCCAAACUGUCCCCAAACUGCUUUGGACGAGCAGAGCUCGUCCUAGCGGAAUAGGUACACCCCUCUAGCGUUCAGGGCGAGAAGCGCUCGUCUACGGCUUAAAUUGCGUGUAAUGCGCCAGAUGGCAGCAUUUACUCGAUGAUUUAGUUUUGUUCUGUGGUAGGAGCGCGGUUUUUGUAUGAAAAGAUGGCGUGCGGUGGCGGCGACCCAUGCAUAGCUGGUCCGUCAAUGCGAAAAAGAAGCUUUUCAUUUUUGUCAUCUUCUUUGAGUGAUGAUGAUUCGGAUACAGAUGUUUAUCUUGUGUCUGGAAGUGAUGACAGCGAUGACGGUGAAUUGAGCAGCUCCUCCGGUGAUGAUGAAGACAGCUCGGAAGCGAACAUCGCGAGUGCUCGCCAGUGGAUCCUGCUUGAUGUGGACAAUCCUCCUGUGAAGCCUCCUCGCUUUCCCUUCUUGGCCAUUCCAGGCAAGACUUUCAACUUGUCAUCGUCAGAUGACCUUAUGGAAUAUAUUCAACAGUCUCUGGACGAUGAAUUCAUAUCACUAGUGGUAGACGAAACCAAUCGCAAAGCGGUUGAAACGUUGAAACGCUCUCCUCCGAGUGAACACUCCCGCCUCAAAAAAUGGGUGCCGGUUACAAAGGAAGAGAUGUGGGUAUUCCUUGCACUCCUGCUACUGCAGGGAAUAGCUCACAAGCCUCGACAGCAGUGGUACUGGUCCAAGAACAAGUUGUUGUCUACACCUGUUUUCGGAGAGGUUAUGUCCUGCCACCGGUUUCUGCUAAUUAUGCGAAUGUUGCACUUUGUGGACAAUGCCAGCAUCACCGAUCUUAGUAGCCAUCCACAGCCGAAGCUGUGCAAGAUAUGGCCAUUUUUGAAGCGAUUGUUGAAGAACUACCGCUCGGCAUAUAUAUCAGAAAGAGACAUAUCAAUAGACGAAAGUCUAAUGCUCUUCAAAGGAAGACUUGGAUGGAUGCAAUACAUCCCGCUCAAAAGAGCAAGAUUCGGCUUGAAAUUUUUCUUGCUUUGUGAGGCAUCUUCGGGAUAUGUGUGGGAUGUCUUGAUCUAUACAGGAAAAGGCACAAAUCUAGGCACGCCAGCAAAUCUUCAACCUUGUUCACCAAUGGGUACCAAAGUUGUUAUGAAGCUCAUCGAGCCUUUGCUAGGCAAGGGGUACUGCCUGACGAUAGACAACUUCUAUACUUCGCCAGAACUCGUCGACCUCCUCAUCCAGCACCGCACGGAUGUGUAUGGCACCAUGAGACCAAACAGAAAAGACAUGCCUCCAGAUUUCCAGACGAAGAAGCUGAAGAAGGGAGAGGUGCAAGCCUACCAGCGCGGUAAAUGUAUUGCUCUCCAAUGGCGAGACAAAAAAGUAGUCUCCGUCAUGAGCACAGUGCACACUGCAAGCAUGGAGACUUUCAAAGAUUCUAAAGGGCGAGACGUCACAAAGCCCAGCAUCGUGCGUGAUUAUAAUCACACGAUGGGCGGUGUGGACAAGUCAGAUCAGAUGCUGUCCGACUACCCUGUCCCUAGAAAACGGCAGACGAUCUACUACAAGAAGAUCUUUCGACACUUGAUCGAUGAAGCGACGUUUAACUCUUUUGUCUUGUACCAAAAAGACGGAGGGAAGAUGAGCCACCUUGACUACCGCCUCGCCCUAAUUGAGGCGAUCCUGACUAGGUACCUUGAUCCUUCAAAAAAGACAAAGCGCGGCCGACCGUCUGAUGUGCUUGACGCUGUGCGUCUCAAGGAACGGCACUUUGCUUCUUACAUCCCGCCAAGCGAAACCAAAGCAGCACCAACAAGAAAAUGCUUCAUUUGCUGUCGGAAGCGAGGAGAAAACGGGAAAAAGUUGAGAAAAGAAACUCGCUUUUGGUGCAGGAGCUGCAACAAGCCGCUUUGCGAUAUUCCAUGUUUCGAAAUUUUCCACACAGUCCCGAAGCUUCCCGAGUGAAAUAGCCCAAGGGUACUUAGCCUACACAAGGGAACAAAUAUGUGACGUCGGCAACUGUAUUUUAUAAGGUUUUUAUUUAUAUUAGCAGCAGGUAGCUGGUCUCCUAUGUAUUGUUCCGAAAUAAACUUUAUUGUGUUGAUUUCACUAAGUAUGUGGUGCAAAUAUUUUUUCAACAUCGGCUAGCUACUUUUUAGUACAAUCAGAUUCGAAACCAGCAAUAAAAAAAAUAGGCACUUUUGGUUCGGAAAUUGUCAAAAAAAUAGAGCACUUAAGGGGUUAAUGUUGUGUAUACAAAAUCUAGUCAGCACAGCUCAUAGAGGAGGGUUAGCUAGUCCACUUUUGAUUAUAAAGUGCAGUGAUGUGUAUGGCAGUAAGCACUUUCGUGGUGAACGUAAGCCAGUGUACAUUUAUGUCGCUUAAAGCCGGUUCUAAAUCUAAAAAUCAGAGGUUGUUUUUAAUGGGAGCUUCUGUUGUGGUACUUUAAGUGGCACACACAUGUUGUGCUGGCCAUGUCUAAUGACACAAUCUUUUUCUCCUAGGGGUUUGAUAAUUUUUUAUCCAAAUAUGUACUAGCAUGGAAACUUUCCC